AUGGCUUUCACUCCCGGUGGUGGUAGAGGAGGACGAGGUGGUGGCAGAGGUGGUUCGCGCGGUGGAUUCGGCGGUGGCGGACGUGGUGGUGGUGCCCGUGGUGGCUUUGGAGGUGGAGCCCGUGGCACCCCCCGUGGCGGAGCCCGCGGCGGCGCCCGUGGAGGCCGCGGCGGUCCCGGCGGCCGUGGUGGAGGACGUGGCGGCGGCCGCGGCGGCGCAUCCGGCGGAGCCCGUGGCGGCGCCAAAGUAAUCGUUGAGCCGCAUCGCCACGCCGGCGUCUUCGUCGCGCGUGCCAAGGAGGACAUGCUCGUGACCAAGAACCUCUCCCCGGGCGAGUCCGUCUACGGCGAGAAGCGCAUCUCCGUCGACACGCCGUCCGCCAACGGCGACGAGGCGGCCACAAAGGUCGAGUACCGCGUGUGGAACCCGUUCCGCUCGAAGCUGGCGGCCGGAAUCCUCGGCGGGCUGGACGACAUCUUCAUCAAGCCCGGCGCCAAGGUGCUGUAUCUCGGUGCGGCCUCGGGCACGUCCGUGUCCCACGUUGCCGACAUUGUGGGCCCCACGGGGAACGUGUUUGCCGUCGAGUUCUCGCACCGCUCGGGGCGUGACCUGAUUAAUAUGGCCAAGAAGCGGACGAAUGUCAUCCCCAUCAUUGAGGAUGCGCGUCACCCGAUGAAGUACAGGAUGCUGGUGGGGAUGGUCGAUGUGGUGUUUGCCGAUGUGGCGCAGCCGGAUCAGGCCCGUAUCGUUGGGCUGAACUGCCACUUGUUCCUGAAGGAGAAGGGUGGUGUGCUUGUGUCGGUCAAGGCCAACUGUAUCGAUUCCACAGCGGCCCCCGAGGCCGUGUUUGCGAGGGAAGUGCAGAAGAUGAGGGAGGAGAGGAUCAAGCCUUUGGAACAGCUUACUUUGGAGCCGUUCGAGAGAGACCACUGCAUGGUUGUCGGUCGUUACAUGCGUUCUCAGUCUUAA